AUGAGCGCUGUCCUCGUCCCAGGUGCUGAAAAACACCCUGUGGCGUUCUGCUACCAGGUGAAUGGAUCUUGCCUCAGGACGGUCCGUCCUCUGGGCAUCCAGUUGGUGAUCUACCUGUCUUGUGCAGCAGGCAUGCUGAUUACAGUGCGGAAUUUGUUUGUGGUGUGUGCUGUGUCCUACUUCAAAGUGCUUCACACUCCUACCAACGUCCUGCGGCUCUCCCUGGCCCUGGCUGACAUGUCUCUGGGUCUGCUGGUGCUACCUCUCAGCGCCAUUCGCUCCGUGGAGAGCUGCUGGUUCUUCGGGAAUAUCCUCUGCCGCCUGCAUAUCUACCUGGACACCCUCUUCUGCCUUCCCUCCAUCUUCCAUCUCUGCUUCAUUUCCAUUGACCACCACUGUGCCAUCUGCAACCCCCUGCUCUAUCCCUCCAAGUUCUCGGUCAGGGUGGCCCUUGGGUACCUCCUGGCAGGGUGGUGGGUGCCUGCCACAUUCACAGCCUUCUUCCUCUACACAGAUGUGGUAGAGACUGGGCUCAGUCAUUGGCUGGAUGAGAUGCCUUGUGUGGGCCGGUGUCAACUGCUGUUCAAUAAGUUUUGGGGCUGGUUAAAUUUCCCCAUGUUCUUUUGCCCCUGCCUCAUCAUGAUCUGCUUGUAUGUGAAGAUCUUUGUGAUUGCCAACAGGCAGUCUCAGCAGAUCAACACGCUGAGCAAUAGCCUGGCUGGAGCUGCUAAGCGUGAGAGGAAGGCUGCCAAGACUCUGGGUGUGGCUAUGAGCAUAUACCUCUUGUGCUGGCUCCCCUUCACCAUAGACACACUCGUGGACAGCCUCCUUCACUCCAUUACACCGCCACUGGUCUUUGACAUCUUGAUCUGGUUUGCCUACUUCAACUCAGCCUGCAACCCCAUCAUCUACGUCUUUUCCUACCGGUGGUUCAGGAAGGUCCUGAAACUUAUCCUGAGUCGGGAGGUCUUCUCCGCCAAGACAUCCACUAUUGAUUUGUACCAAGAAUGA